AUGAUUAAAAAAAACAGCAUGCAUUUGAAAACUGGAUUAAUAUUUCUUAUAAUUUGCCUUGUGUUCCAAGUUCAAGGAAGCAAAGAAACCCCGAAUAAAAUUAAUCGUGGUGAAGCCAAACAUCUUGCAGAUGCUCCAGGGUCUGAAAAGUCAGAAAGAACCACAAAGAGGUCUAGAGUAUCGACGAUUCGAAGGAUAUUUGAUAUGGCCAAACAUCGAACAAAGAGAUCCUCUUUUUUCCCAACUGGAGUGAAGGUUUGCCCUCAGGAGUCAGUGAAGCAAAUUUUAGCAAGCCACCAAGCCUAUUACAGGCUAAGAGUUUGCCAAGAAGCCGUAUGGGAAGCUUUCCGGAUCUUUCUGGACCGGAUUCCGGAUGCAACAGAAUAUCAGAAUUGGGUCACUGCCUGCCAGCGAGAAACAUUCUGCAUAUUCGACAUUGGGAAAAAUUUCAGUAAUUCUCAAGAGCAUCUGGAGAUAAUUCAGCGGCGAGUAAAGCACAGAACCUUCCAGGAUAGAAAAGAGGAAAUUUCUACAGAGAAAACCAGUAGCAAAAAAAUGGAAGAACCUCCUUCUCCUGCUACAGCGGCCCCUACUGGCACCCUAGUGAAUGAGAUCGCCAACGACACCAAGGCUCCCGUGAAGGAGCUAAAGCCAGAGGUUCCAAAUAUAGUCUCUGAAUUUCCUGUGGAGCAGAUGGUGGAAUUCAGUGUCACCCUCACCAACCAGGAAUAUACCCCCGAACUGAGUGAUCCUUCAACCGCUCAGUACCAGAAACUAGCUGCAAAAUUUCAGCUUCAAAUGCAAAAGAUAUUUGAGAAACUUGCAGGAUUCAAAGAAAUUCGUGUGUUGGGAUUUAGACAGAAGAAGGAAAAAGAUGGGUCAAGCAGCACUGUAGCACGGUAUGUCAUCAAUUUUGAGAGAGAUGACUCGGAGGUUAAAGCUCCUGAGGAUGACAUCUCAACUAUUGGCUCUAACAAAGUUGAAAAUGAAGAAGGUCCUCUUAGUACAGAGGAAGAGACCCCAGCCAUUAAACCAAAAGUGACAGACCUUCAGCAGAUGGUUGCCAUGGCUCUACAGGAAGAUAAGUCACUAUCAAUGGACCUUGGAACACUUCAGUUUACUGAUGAAGCUGUUAGGCCGUCUAGUGACAUAGAUAAUGAUAUCAAAUCAAUGGCAACCGAUGCUGCAGCUGGACCAGGCUUGGACAUUACUGAUGAGAAGAGUGAAGAUGAGAGAAUGAAAGACCAGAUCUCUAGCACAGAUUCAGUGAUCCCUCCUGAGCAAGAUGGUAAGAUUACAGACCAACUGGAAUCUUCAGGUGAUGACAUUUUAGCCACAUUGAGUACUAUGCCAUACUUCAUUGGUUCUCCUGAUCUUCCAACAUCUCUUCCUGAAGAUGAUAUUUUAGGGCCACCAGAUGAGAUCAUUUUAUUGCCAGCAGUGACUACCAGUGGCCCUUCCAUUGUUAUUGAUCAGUCUUUUGAAGCAACAAGCUCUGUGUGGGUAGCAGCAACAGACAGUACUGGAUUUGAAAUGGGGGUGCAAGAUAUUGCCACUGAAUUAGGUGCGAUUGAUAUGAUGAGCCCAGCAACUAUGGACGAGGGUGGAAGUGGCUACUAUGCACUGCCAGGAACUCCAGAUAUGACUCCAGCUCCUCCGCUGAAGUAUGUAACCACAGGCUCCAUGACAACCACAGCCAAAGGCAAAGAGUUAGUAGUAUUCUUCAGUUUGAGAGUAACCAACAUGCGCUUUUCUGAUGACCUCUUCAAUCGGAGUUCCACGGAAUACAAAGCACUUGAACAGCAAUUCAUGCAGUUGCUGCUUCCCUACCUACAGUCCAACCUUACAGGAUUUAAGCAACUGGAAAUACUCAACUUCCGCAAUGGAAGUGUGAUUGUCAACAGCAAGAUGAAGUUUGCAAAGUCGGUGCCGUAUAACAUCACAGAGGCUGUCCAUUGUGUGUUGGAGGACUUUUGCGAUGCAGCAGCUCAACGCCUUAACCUUGAAAUCGACAGCUAUUCACUUGAUAUUGAGCCAGCUGAUCAAGCAGACCCUUGCAAGUUUAUGGCGUGUGAUGAAUUUGCCCAGUGCAUAAAGAAUGACUGGACAAAAGAGGCGGAUUGCCUUUGUAAACCUGGUUAUGCAAGAACAGAUGGACUGCCAUGCCGGAGCCUGUGUGAGAUUGAGCCACACCUGUGUGUUAAUGGUGGCAAGUGCGAAUUAGUUCCAGGAAGAGGGGCAGUCUGUAGAUGCCCAGUACGUAGAAACAGAGGAGAGCGUUGUGCAAAAUACGCUCCAACACCUACCCGAUCCAACAUCUCCAAAGCUGUGAUGCUUGGCUUAUUGUGCCUAAUUUUUCUUCUCAUCACUUUAAUAAUUAAGUUACGAAGAAAAUGCAAAAACAAGACUAACGUGGAAGGUCCACCUCCCAGCCAUUGCAACGCAGAGAAUGCUGUAAGAAUUAAUCCUGGUUUUGAUCACGAUGAACCCAACAGUAAUUUUUGCCGUGGGCCAUGUAGUGUAAGUGCCUGUAUCAGUUCUUCAGAGAGCAGUGAUCAAGGAACAUUACACAAUAAUGAACACAGAACAGAGAAUGGAGGCCACCAGAAGCAAAGCGAAGAGUGACAAGUUAGGGUUUGAAGCCCAACAUUCAGAGGAUAUAAAG